AUGUCAGGCCCGUACGGACGCGCUUGCAUGAACUGUUCCCGCUCCAAGUGCAAAUGCGUCUGGCGUCUCAGCAACAACACCUGUGAAAGAUGCCAGCGCCUCAACAAACCAUGCCACCCCGCCGACUCGAUGCGACAACGCAACACGGAGAGCAGGGCCGAGUCUAGAAUCGCCCACUUGGAGGGGAAGGUCGAUGGUCUUGUCUCUCUGCUGCAAUCCGUCUCUCAGUCCUCCACCAGCAGAGAGUCGGUUGCAUCGGCCCUUUUGGAUCUGGGACACCAUGCGAGAGAUAUCUCGGUCGACCGGGUCCAGGGCACCACCUCCCAAGCUCGUUCGGCCGGCACCGUCUCGAUGUCAGCCUCGUCGAGUGCCGUCUCCACGACAGCAAGCUCGUCUACUCCUAACACGGGCACUGACCGGGAACCAUCGCCAGAGGAGGCCGAAGAAUGCCUGGCCAUCUUCCGGUCCCAGAUGUUGAAAUACUUUGCAUUUCUUCAUCUUCCGCCGGGCAUGUCUGCUCAGCAGCUCCACGAACAGCGGCCCUUUCUGUUUCUCUGCGUCAUGACAGUCAGCACAAAGAGCACUGAAAAGAGAAUGGCAUUGGGUGAAGAGGUCAGGCAAACGGUAGCACGGCGAAUGCUGAUCGACAACGGACAAAACGUUGACAUCGAUCUGCUGCUCGGCCUCCUGGCCUUUUUGGCCUGGGGGCACGAUCAAUUAAAUAACAAGCAUCGAAAGAUUUUGUUCCGUUUCACCCACUUUGCAAUGGUCUUGGUGUUUGAGCUCCGGCUGAACAGGCCGUGGCCGAAAGACUCAAAUAUGCUCCCCACGGUCGGCACCAUCGGCACCAUCUGCUCGGGACCCCCCGCGCCGGCUACUCACACGAUGGAGGAGCGACGGGCAGUCCUGGCCUGUUUUCUGCUCAGCUCAACUGUUUCUAUAUUCUUUGCACAGACCGACGCCAUGCGAUGGACGCCCUACUUGGACGAGUGCCUUGACGUUCUCAGCAGAAGCCAGGAAGCCCCGUGCGACGAAAUGUUUGCGCAUCAGGUCCGGCUACAAUUGUUCUCCCAGCGCGCACGACACGCCAUGUGGUCGGCUGGAGAUCUUGAGCUGGCCGACGCUGCAACUAUGCCUCCUAGGCUCUAUCUACAGGCCCUUCAGUGGAAGCUAGGGGAAUUGAAGAGCGCUUUCUCUCCUCAGCUGCAGCACAACGAGAUUCUUCUUUCAUCCGUGUAUUAUACCGAACUGAGUAUCCACGAGGUGGCACUCCACAAGACACCCACCGGCGUUGACGGGCCCGGAUUUCAGCGUCUGGAGGGUCUCUACACCUGUCUGAGCAUUGUCAAAUCGGCGGUGGACAAUUUUUUCACCUUGCCCGUGUCUGAAUACCCCUAUCUGUCCUUUCCUUACUUCGCCCAGCUUUGCCGCAGUAUCGUGAUUUUGUUUAAGCUCGCCACCCUCGAUGAUCCCUUGUGGGAUACGGGAUUCGUCCGGUCCACGAUCGACCUGGGCCUGGUCCUGGAUCAGCUCAUUCACAACUUGGGCCAGCUGAGCGCCGCCGGUGGGGAUUGCGUGAAUGGCAUCUUCGCCAAAACCGCCAAUAUAUUCAUGUCUGUCAAAUCGUGGUACAAUGCAAAGCGUGGAGCAGAUGCUGUCCAGUCCCAUGACUCAGCCUUGCCCAUGGUCGACGAGAACAGCGUUUUGCACGAGCCCACGAUUUUGCAGGAUCUGGACGACGCGUGGCUGAGAGAAGCUCUCGGAUCUUGGACCGGUUGA